UAGAUUAAUCACCCACCGUCGUGUGGCCUUCCGUUGCUCACACACUUUUGCUUCGGCGUUUUCGCGGCGGCAAAUACCAGCGAGCCGAGCACGCUGCCUCGCCCACCUGCUGGACUCGCUUCCUCCUAUCCUCGGCAGUUUCAGGACUCGAUUCUUGCCCUCCAUCUUCAGCCAUGGCGGCCUCGACGCCGGAGGCGAUCGGAACUGUGGUCGACCUGAAAAUCCGCAUCCCGGGUUUCCAAGGGCUUCGAUCUUCCGGAUUGGUUCCUUUCGGAAGAGCAGUCGGGACUUUUCUGAUCGGACGCUCGGCUAGGUCUUCCUCCUUCAUCAGCGCGGUCUCCACGCCUAUAAAGCCAGACAGUACUGAAGUUAAGCGGAGCAAGGUUGAAUUGUUUAAGGAGCAAAGCAACUUCCUUAGGUUUCCUUUAAAUGAGGAAUUGCUCUCAGAAGCUCCAAAUAUAAAUGAAGCUGCUACUCAGCUGAUCAAGUUUCAUGGGAGUUAUCAACAAACAAAUAGAGAUGAACGUGGUGCAAAGUCUUACCAGUUUAUGCUCCGUACUAAGAAUCCUUGUGGGAAAGUCACUAACAAGCUCUACUUAGUUAUGGAUGACCUAGCUGAUGAGUUUGGUAUUGGCACUCUCCGCUUAACCACUAGGCAGACGUUUCAGUUGCAUGGCAUCCUGAAGAAAAACCUACAGACUGUGAUGGCUACUAUAAUCAAGAACAUGGGAUCAACUCUUGGUGCAUGUGGUGAUCUGAACAGAAAUGUAUUAGCCCCUGCAGCACCAUAUGCCAAAAAAGAGUAUGUAUUUGCACAGGAGACGGCAGAAAAUAUUGCUGCGCUAUUGACGCCUCAAUCUGGAGCAUAUUAUGAUUUGUGGGUAAAUGGAGAAAAAAUUUUGUCUGCGGAGGCUCCUGAAGUAGUGAAAGUUCGUAAAGAUAAUUCUCACGGGACCAAUUUCAUUGACUCACCCGAGCCCAUUUAUGGCACCCAAUUCUUGCCUCGAAAGUUUAAGAUUGCUGUGACUGUACCAACAGACAAUUCAGUGGAUAUCCUCACUAAUGACAUUGGUGUUGUACUAGUUUCUGCUGAUGAUGGAGAACCUCAAGGCUUUAACAUCUAUGUAGGAGGAGGUAUGGGUAGAACUCAUCGAGUUGAGACAACAUUUCCUCGUUUGGGGGAGCCACUAGGCUAUGUCCCAAAAGAAGAUAUCUUAUAUGCUAUAAAAGCUAUCGUUGUUACUCAAAGAGAAAAUGGGAGGAGGGAUGAUAGGAAGUAUAGUAGAAUGAAAUAUUUGAUCAGUGCUUGGGGAAUUGAGAAGUUUCGCAGUGUUGUGGAACAGUACUAUGGUAAGAAGUUCGAAGCAUUCAGAGAAUUACCUGAGUGGGAAUUCAAGAGUCACCUUGGAUGGCACGAACAGGGUGAUGGUGCAAUGUUUUGUGGACUGCAUAUUGAUAGUGGACGUAUAGCCGGGAAAAUGAAGGAAACUUUAAGAGAAAUCAUUGAGAAGUAUAAUCUGAAUGUCCGAAUUACACCGAACCAGAAUUUGAUCUUGUGUGAUAUCCGACGUUCCUGGAGACACCCCAUCACCACAGCUCUUGCUCAAGCAGGUCUACUGCUACCCAGAUACGUUGAUCCUCUUAAUAUAACUGCCAUGGCUUGUCCUGCUCUACCACUUUGUCCACUCGCAAUAACAGAAGCUGAGCGAGGGAUUCCAGAAAUUCUCAAAAGGGUUCGAGCUGUUUUUGAUAAGGUAGGCCUCAAAUACAAUGAGUCCGUAGUGAUAAGAGUGACUGGCUGUCCCAAUGGCUGUGCCAGACCCUACAUGGCUGAACUUGGCCUUGUUGGUGAUGGCCCCAACAGCUACCAGAUCUGGCUAGGGGGGGCUGCCAAUCAGACUACCCUUGCAAAAAGCUUUAUGGAUAAGCUAAAGGUUCAUGACUUAGAGAAGAUACUUGAACCACUGUUUUACCACUGGAAAACAAAACGACAACGUGGUGAAUCAUUUGGCAACUUUACAACUCGGAUAGGCUUUGAGAAAUUGAAAGAGCUGGUAGAGAAGUGGGAAGGCCCUGUGGAACCAGUAUCAAGGUUCAACCUAAAAAUCUUUGCAGACCGGCAGACAUUUGAGGCUGUGGCAGAGCUUGCAAAGCGGCAGAACAAAUCUGCUCACCAACUUGCCAUGGAGGUCAUCCGCGACUAUGUUGCUUCCCAAGGCAAAGGAUCAAAAGUUGAAUGAGCAUCACCUAAGAAUCUUCAAAUGGCUUUGUGAUUUCUGGUAACCUUUUAGAGGCAAUGUGAUAACCAGUAUCUACUCUUUGUUCAGGUAAAAAAGGAAGACCACGCUCCAAAUCAAUUUUUCUUCCAUAUUUUUCAUCCAAUUUUCAGAAUAUUUCUUGUGAAGUUGCAUACUCUAGACUUUUGUAGUGAAUCAAAUAUAAGCUUCCCGACUUUUCAAUUUGAGGCUCAUCGGACCUGAGUAUCUAA